GCUUUUUUGUUGGCAAACAAAGACGUAAGCAACUGUGUUUUACGAGCAUUGACGCGAUGAGUUCAUAAAGAGCUGAAUUAAACUCGGUUUCGUUAUGAAACGCAUUUAAAGUGCGAUGAGAGAAAGCCUGACCUCCCCCACCCCAGAUAAAGACAGAGUUGGCUUGUUGUUAGCUGGCUCGGCUAAACAAACCCCGCUAGCCCGCGCUGAUCUUUUUAUAGCAGAGAGGGGGAGCCAGAGACUUGCAGCAGACCGACAACCACAACCUCUCAUCCUAACAACAGUCCCCUUAUUUUUUCUUCUUUGAAGUUACCCCAAGCUAAGGAUUGAGUGAGAUGUGAGGCAUGGUCAGCCUAUAAAUAUCUCUGUGGAACUCUGUGUGUGUGUAAGACUUCUGUGCCCAGCCGUCAGUAUGAAUGGGGACAUGCCACAUGUGCCCAUCACAACCCUUGCUGGGAUCGCUGGUCUCACUGACUUGUUGAACCAGCUGCCCCUGCCCUCCCCUUUACCGGGCACCUCCACUAAGAGCCUGCUGUACAGUGGGCGUGUAGCUGAGGAAGUGGGGCAUCUGAUGGGCUGCAGGGAUGAAACUCUGGUCUCUCAGCUCGCCAGCAGCCUCAGCCAGGUCUCCAUGGAGCACAUAGAGCUGAAGGACAGCCUUGGCAGUGAUGAGUUGGAGGGAGAUGUACCAGUGCUGCUGCAGCUUUUGCUGUCUAGGAACCCCAACAUCUUCAGGAAUAAGACCGCACCGAGCACUCCCCAGUAUCCGGCCCAGGCGGGUAUAAGUCAGCAGUCAAUGGCACCGCCGUAUAAAAUCACACAUGGCUCCAUGCAGGGAAGUCCAGCCUCUGCCAAUUACCAGGCCUCUAUGUCCCACAGCCCCUCUGGGCGUUUUGUGCCAGGGCAGUCUGGUUCUGGUGGACGGUUUCUGCCUCAGCAGAGCAGCCCAGUGCCCAGCCCUUAUGCCCCUCAGAGCCCUGCUACCGGCUACAGACAGUACCCACACCCUCCAGCCUACAGUCAACACCAGCACCUACAGCAAGGUUCAGUAGCAAGCCCGAUGAUUCCAGGAGGCAUGAGAAAUGUUCACGAGAAUAAGGAUCAGAUGAGGACAGGUUUCACGUCUCACAUACUGCAGUCAUCUCCACCGUACACUCCUCCUUGCGAUGGGGCUCAAGAAAUGCAUCUGGGCUCCCCAGACAAGCAGCGCGGUCUGAACCCUAACGAGGGAGAGCGGGACCCGGCCGAUAAGGCUGCUGUGUAUGAUAUUGUGGGCUCGCCAACAAAAGACCCUACUAAGCUGAACCUGAGGCAGUCACGGGCCAGGCCAGCAGAGGUGGAGUUUGGGGGAAUGUACCCCGGUUCAGACCCAGAAGGAGAGCUUGUUGAGGCUCUUGCUGCAAUAGAAAGGAUGGAAAGUGAAGCGGCCAUGGAGACGGACCGUGGUGCUAAAGAGGUGCAGGAUAAAGAUAAACCUUUGAAGAAGCGCAAACAGGACUCUCACCCGCAGGAGCCUGGCGCAGCUGGCACAGCUGGUUCAGGCUCUGGGGCUCCAGGUGGAGGAGGAGGGGCUAACGCAGGGCACAGGCUCGCCCCUCAGGAGGCCAGCGCCGCCAGCACCAGUGCCAGCGCCAGCCGCCCAGGCCUGCAAGUGAGCUUGGAGCAAGCGGGCAGAGUGGAGGACACCUGCAUGGGCAUGCCCAUCCCUGCCAGCGAGGCUCAGCGCUGGCCUCAGGAGCCACAGGAAGGGGUCACUCCGAAGGCCCUCAAACACAAGCACGACCAUGCUCCAGAACACCGACAUCAGCCCGAUACCCCGCGGCAGAAGCACAGACCCGAGGGUCGGCACGGUGAUGUCGGCACGCAGUGUGCGGCUCAGUCGGGGAGUAAACCAGCAGAGCUUCCUCCGUACAUGCUGGGAGAAAACACCAGUUCGGGAGUGCUUAAAAACUUCACCAUUCCCAAAAUCAGGAAAGAUCUCGGAGCAGGAGAUAUUCCAGAAGGCUGGAAGCAGCCGUGUGUGCGGCUGGAGAGACUGGAACCAGAGGUGGACAUGAAGAAGACUGUCAAGCCUGUGGUUGUUCUGCAGAAACUCUCCAUCGAUGAGGUUCAGAGGCUCAUGAGGGAGAGAGACUCGCGUGGCUCCAAGUCUGGCAAGAACAGGCUCUCCUCUGGGAGAUCUGGGAAAGGUGGAAUAGACCCGUCAGUGCUGAAGGAUCUUCCUCCUGAGCUGCUGGCAGAGAUCGAGUCCACCAUGCCUCUGUGUGAGCGGGUAAAGAUGAACAAACGCAAACGCAGCACUGUCAAUGAGAGGCCUAAAUAUGCGGAGGACAGCUCAGAGGACGAGGAUUUCUCAUCUCGUAAACGUCAGAAGAAGGAUCGUGACAGAAUGUGGGAGUUUGAGGAGCGCGACCGGAGGAAUUCAGGAGAGCAUCGAAGAGGAAGCUACGACACACGCAGAGGCUCAGGCAGCCGAUAUGACGACUCUGACCAAGAUUCACCUCCCCCCAGCCUUAGUGACGUUGCAAGACGUUUAAAGAUGAAGGAGAAGCAGAAGAGGAGGAAAGCGUAUGAGCCCAAGUUAACACCUGAAGAAUUGAUGGACUCUUCCACUUUUAAGAGGUUCUCGUUGAGUAUUGACAACAUCUUGGAGAAUCUUGAGGAUGUGGACUUUAAUGAUGAUGAUGAGAUCCCUCAGGAGCUGUUGUUAGGGAAACAGCAGCUAAAUGAAUUGGGUAGUGAAUCUGCUAAGAUAAAAGCCAUGGGCAUCACCUGCAGGAUUCCUUCUGAUAAACUGGUGAAACUGUUGAAUAUUCUGGAGAAGAACAUUCUGGAUGGAUCCAGUCUUUCUACACAUAUGAACCAUGAUAACGAUGGAGAGGACGAGGAGCGUCUCUGGCGGGAUCUCAUCAUGGAGCGUGUGACCAAAUCAGGGGAUGCGUGUCUGACAGCACUGAACAUCAUGACUUCAUCACACAUGCCCAAAGCCGUGUACAUUGAAGACGUGAUCGAGAGAGUUCUGCAGUACACUAAGUUCCACCUGCAGAAUACUCUUUACCCACAGUAUGAUCCGGUCUACAGAAUUGACCCUAAAGGAGGUUCCAUGCUGAGCUCCAAAGCAAAGCGAGCCAAGUGCUCCACCGCCAAGCAGAGAGUCAUCAUCAUGCUCUAUAACAAAGUGUGUGACGUCGUCAGCAACAUCUCAGAGCUGUUGGAAAUUCAGCUGUUGACCGAUACAACAAUAUUGCAGGUCUCUUCGAUGGGCAUUACUCCUUUCUUUGUGGAGAAUGUCAGUGAGCUGCAGCUGUGUGCCAUAAAGCUGGUGACGGCGGUGUUCUCUCGUUACGAGAAGCACAGACAGUUAAUUCUAGAGGAGAUCUUCACCUCUUUGGCCAGACUGCCCACCAGCAAACGCAGCCUCAGGAACUUCAGGUUGAACAGUAGCGAUGCCGAGGGUGAGCCCAUAUUCAUUCAGAUGGUUAGUGCUCUGGUGCUGCAACUAAUUCAGUGCGUGGUCCAUCUGCCCUCUGAGAAAGACUCUGAAGACGAUCACAAAAAGGUUGACGACGAUGUGUUCAUCACCAACUCAUAUGAAACGGCCAGACGGACGGCUCAGAACUUCCUCUCUGUCUUCCUCAAGAACCAAGUGCACCAAUUCAGUAACAAGCAGACAGAGAUGGCACUGCGAGUAGCAUCACUGGACUAUCUGGGUACUGUAGCAGCCAGAUUGAGGAAAGAUGCUGUCACCAGCAGGAUGGACCAGAAAGCCAUCAACCGCAUCAUCAGAGAGAGCUCAGAGGGAGACGAGACUCAGCGGCUACAGAAAGCCUUACUGGGUUAUAUGGAUGAAAAUGCAGAAACAGACCCUGCCCUCACAUUUGCACGCAAAUUUUACAUCGCUCAGUGGUUCAGAGACUGCACUACGGAGUCUGAGAAGGCCAUGAGGAAUCAGAAUCAAAAGGAGGAUGACUCGGAGGGCACGCAGCACGCCAAAGAACUCCAGACCACCGGAGACAUCAUGCAGCGUGCAGAAACUCGCAAGAAAUUCCUCCACACCGUCAUUAAAUCAACUCCCAAUCAAUUUACUACUCUCAGGAUGAAUUCAGACACUGUGGACUAUGAGGACGCCUGCCUUAUCGUACGCUACUUGGCCUCCACCAGACCCUUCUCUCAGAGCUUUGACAUCUACCUGACACAGAUUCUGAGAGUGUUAGGGGAGAGCGCCAUAGCUGUCAGGACCAAAGCCAUGAAGUGUCUGUCUGAGGUGGUGGCUGUUGACCCCAGUAUACUGGCCAGGUCUGAUAUGCAGCGUGGUGUUCAUGGCCGGUUGAUGGAUAACUCCACCAGUGUGAGGGAAGCAGCGGUCGAGCUGCUGGGACGGUUUGUGUUGAGUCGACCUCAGCUGACGGAGCAGUACUAUGACAUGCUUAUCGAGAGGAUACUGGACACCGGUAUCAGCGUGAGGAAGAGGGUGAUCAAGAUUCUGAGAGACAUCUGUUUAGAACAGCCCAACUUCAGUAAGAUCACAGAGAUGUGCGUGAAGAUGAUCCGCAGGGUCAAUGACGAGGAGGGCAUCAAGAAACUGGUGAAUGAAACAUUCCAGAAGCUGUGGUUUACACCCACAGCCAGCCACGACAAAGAAACAAUGAAUAGGAAGAUUCUCAACAUCACUGAUGUGGUCGCUGCCUGUAAGGACACUGGCUAUGACUGGUUUGAGCAGCUCCUGCAGAAUCUUUUAAAGUCAGAGGAGGACUCAUCCUAUAAGCCAACCAGGAAGGCCUGUGUUCAGUUGGUGGACAAUCUUGUGGAGUACAUCCUCAAAUACGAGGAGGCAAUUGCAGAGCACAAGAGUGUGAACUCGACACGGUUAGUCGCAUGCAUCACCACGCUGUAUCUGUUCAGUAAGAUCAGAGCGCAGCUUAUGGUCAAGCAUGCCAUGACUAUGCAGCCCUACCUCACCACCAAGUGCAGUUCUCAGAGUGACUUCAUGGUGAUUUGUAACAUUGCGAAGAUCCUGGAGCUUGUGGUUCCUCUGAUGGAUCACCCCAGUGAGAGCUUUCUGACCACCAUUGAAGAAGACCUGAUGAAGCUCAUCUUAAAAUAUGGCAUGACCGUUGUCCAGUACUGUGUGAGCUGUUUGGGUGCGAUAGUGAAUAAAGUGACUCAUAAUUAUAAGUUUGUAUGGGCCUGUUUUAACCGUUAUUAUGGGGCUCUGACUAAGCUAAAGUUACAGCAUCAGGAGGGUACGAACAGCAUGGCACUGGCUGCCACCAAAGCAGCCCUGCUCAGAUCUCUCUUCACUGUGGGAGCUCUCUGCAGACACUUUGACUUUGACUUCGAGCAGUUCAAGGGCACCACUAAGGUUGUGAUAAAGGAGAAGGUUUUGGAAUCAUUACUGUACUUCACCAAUCACGAGGAUGAAGAAGUUAGAUGCAAAGCCAUCAUUGGAUUGGGCUUCCUGUUCAUCAUGCACCCGAGUCAGAUGUUCAUUCCAGAGGUGAAGUCUCUGUAUAACGGGCUCCUGUCUGAUAAGCGGUGCUCCAUCACGCUGAAGAUCCAGGUGUUGAAAAACCUCCAGAUGUAUCUACAGGAGGAGGACUCUCGCAUGCAGGUGGCCGACAGAGAGUGGCAGAAAAUGUCAAAGCAGGAGGAUCUGAAAGAGAUGGGUGACAUCUCCUCUGGUAUGAGCAGUUCUAUCAUGCAGCUCUAUUUGAAGCAGGUGCUGGAGUCUUUCUUCCACACGCAGUCCAGUGUACGACACUUUGCCCUCAAUGUCAUCGCUCUGACCCUCAGCCAGGGACUCAUACACCCCGUACAGUGUGUGCCAUAUCUGAUUGCUAUGGGGACGGACCCAGAGCCCACCAUGAGGAACAAAGCAGACCAGCAGCUGGUGGAGAUUGAUAAGAAAUACACUGGAUUCAUCCAUAUGAAGGCUGUAGCAGGGAUGAAGAUGUCGUACCAAGUGCAGCAGGCCAUCAUGGGAUCAGCAGAACCUGUGAUCCGUGGUUUCCGUCAGGACGAGUCCAAUUCUGCUCAAUGUUCCCACCUCUACAGCAUGGUCCGUGCAAACAGACAACACCGGAGAGCGUUCCUCAUCUCACUGCUCAAUCUCUUCGACGACAGCUCGAAGAUUGAGGUGAACAUGCUGCUGUUCAUCGCUGAUAAUCUGGCCUACUUCCCCUAUCAGUCUCAGGAGGAGCCGCUGUUCAUCAUGCAUCAUAUAGACAUCACACUGUCUGUGUCAGGCAGCAACCUGCUGCAGACAUUUAAAGAGUCUCUCGUUAAGGUUCCGGGCAGGAAGAGCAGGAAAAAAAGACGACGGCGGCGGCGGCGGCACCAACACCACCACCAACCGCAGCAUCAACAGCUGCAUCAACAGCAGCAGAACGGUUCAGAGGAGGAGAGGGGAGAGCAGAACGAGGAAAGAGAAAGGAACAGUGGAGAUGAAGAGUAUGACGAUAAUGAUUAUGAAGAGGAUGAAGAGGGGCAGCGGGUGAGGAAGCCCAAGCCCACCGAGGGCGCCAGGCAGUCAGAGUCAGAUUCGGAUUCUGACCUCGAGGAUGCUGAUGCUGUUAUGGAGCGUCUUCCUGACGACACAACAUCUCUCCUGGACUUUGCUAGAGCAUCUCAAGGCAUACUGUUACUGCUGGUGCUCAAACAACACCUCAAGAACCUCUACGGCUUCUCGGACAGCAAAAUUCAGAAGUACUCUCCUACGGAGUCGGCGAAGGUGUACGAUAAAGCCGUCAACAGGAAGUCGUCGGUUUACUUCAGUCCACGGCAGACCAUCGACUUCCUCCAGAAUGAUGAGGUUCAUGAUGAGAUGACCUAUGAGCUGAAGAGGAAGAUCGUCAAACAGUACCUCGAUUUUAAGUUGCUGAUGGAGCACUUGGACCCUGACGAAGAGGACGAGGAGGGAGAGACGAGUGCAAACGUGAGGAAUAAAGCCAUCACCGCACUGCUGGGGGGAGCAGCCACAAGCCCCCGAAACCACCACACUGUUGACUCCGAGUAUGAGGACAGUGACGGAGAGGAGAGGACCCCAGGGGCGUCUCGACGCGGGAGGCGCGCGGCAGACUCGGCGGACCUGCUGUUGACGAACAUGAACGAGUCCGUCAGCGUGCUGGACAUCAUCGCCAUCCACUGUCCCAAAUACCGAGACCGGCCGCAGAUCGCACGUGUGAUCCAGAGGAACAGCGACAGUUACAGCAUCCACUGGAUGGCGGGCUCAUACUCCAGCUCCUGGACCGAGGCCAAGCGGCGCGAUGGACGCAAGCUGGUGCCUUGGCUGGACACCAUCAGAGAGACUGACAUCAUCUACAAAAAAAUCACACUCACCAGUGGCAACAAGCUCAACCACAAAGUAGCGCAGACUCUACGGUCACUCUACGCUGCCAAGGACAGGAACUCCAGCUAAUAAUACGUAAACGCACGCACAUACCUCCCAUCUCGGAUCCUCUCAGCCUAAUGCAACACACACACACACACACACACACUCACUCACUGUCUCUCCGUAUACCAACAUGCCUAUCGGCCAAACAUCCCCUGGGUCAGCCAAACACAAGCGGUUAUUCUACACUACAAGCUCUUUCACUCUCUGAUGCACUCUGGGUCUGGCGGUGACGUUUGGCCCUCUGCGCCAGAGUGCAUCGUCAUAUCACAGGAAUAAAAUGUUUGGAGAAACAUUGUAUGGGUGCUCCUUCGCUGUUGUGCAGCAGAUUUCUGGUUGUUUGAUUUCUACUCCCAGUGUAUCAUAGUUUAACAUAAAAAUAUUGUUUAUAUCUAUAAAAGAAACUUAAAUAUAUACUGAAUGUUGAAAGAACACAUAGUUUGUUGAUGUUUUUACUUUAUUUUUUUCUAUUUUCCUUUCGGAUUUCUUAGCGUCAAGCGGCUUUCUAUAGCUUAGCUCCUUCUUAACUGGCUGAUGAUGAUGAUUCUCUCUGUUGAGCGGUUUGUCCAUUUUGUACGAUAGCACCGUGUGGCUGUAAUUUAUUGUGUAUAGCAUGCAGUGUCUGUGAGGAGGGCUGUGUCGAAGGAGAUUUGCGAUUACAGGUUGCCCUGCUCAGCGUAAAGGGACCCACAUGCCUCUGAUGGAACAAAUACUGCAAUA